UUCAUAUCCUUGUUUUAUGUAUAUCUAAAUAUAUGGGUAUAUCUGUAAGUGUCUUUGUUCUUUUAAAAUACCCCUUGUGGUACAAGUGGAUUAUUUACCAGUUACAUUUUUCAAUUUUUUUCUCCGGUUCUGUUUUGUAUUAAUAACACAAUUUCUGCGAGAGCUGAGAAACCUCACAAUUAAAAAGCGUGUCUUCAAACCCGAUAUGUGUUCGCUAUUUAAACUUGAUGUGAACAUAGUGUUUCUCCAGCCACUGUCUGCAGACCCGCACGGUGCUGUGACGUAGCAGGCAGGUACUUUUACCCGUAGACAACGCAAUGGAUUCUGCACUGCAGCGUAACUCCGGUGUUUCGGGAUGUGGAUGUGAUAAACGCGGUUGAAUCCCCAGUAAGCACAGUCAUUUACAGUACAGAAGACAACACUACCUGUCUAAUGUUUGACAGGUAGUAUCACAAACUUAUAAGACUGAGGCUGAGGACGAAACGUACUGCUAGGCUGAUUUACGCAUUGGAGAGUAGCUGUUCAGAUACAAGCACAGAGUGUGACUUGUUGAGCUCCCUUGUCAAGACUGGUCAUGCCAGCCCUCAUAUGCUAAACUUUAAAAUCACCCACAUUUGCUAUUGAACCAGAACCCAAGACUCUUCCAGUUCAGGUGCUGCCAGCAUGAUAAGGCUAAGGGAUUCGCUCCUGAGACCCUUCCGGGCCCCCGUGGAUGUCCUUGCUAGUCAGGAAGGCUGUGUCUACCUGUUUGGAGGGGGAGGGGAGGGGGAGGGGGAAGGGGAAGGGAACCAGUCCUCGGAGGAUGAGUUUAAUGUGAUGGAGCUGAGACCCAGAGGCCGGGAGCAGGCGAGGCUCAAUCGAGAGAAAGUGGCGGACAUGCUGCUAUUAGAGAGGGACGUCUUGGAGGGAGACAACCUCAACAAGUUAGCUCUGCAGUAUGGCUGCAAAGUUGCAGACAUUAAGCGUGUGAACAACCUAAUACGGGAGCAGGACUUGUAUGCCUUGAAAGUCAUCAAGAUCCCAGUGAAGAAACACAGUGUUUUAACAGAGACCAGCAAUGAUCUGAAGGAGCCUCAAGCCUCUUCCUCCCGGUGUCUCAACCUGCUUGCAGAGCCCUCCCUGUAUGAGGACACAGCUGUGGCUAGCCGCUGUGGGAUGGAUAUUGAAGAAUGCACUGACUUUCUCAAGGAAAUAGACCAUGAUAUUGAGAGGCUGAUCCAGUCCACUGAUGAUCUGAAAGAGGUGUCUUGUUUGGAGCCGCAUGGCGGGCCUCUCCAUGGUACAGGAAACCCUAAUCCCUCUCCUCACGGAUCAGACUGGGGGAUCCAGUGGUGGAACGCAGUCGCGCUCAUGCUUUUAAUUGGUAUUAUUCUGCCAGUAUUUUACGUGGUUUAUUUUAAAACGCAGGACAGCGAGUCUGCCUUUCUGGACCCUGCCACCUCUCUCUGUGUUUCCAGUCCUACCUCAAACUGCUUGGAGAUUAAUGUAACUGCUUUGAGUCCCGGGAAGAGUUCAGCCAUUCAAAAAAACUCUUCUUCAUCUCCUCUUUCAAGUGGAAUAAAAGAAACGCCAGAUGAACGUAUACAGCCGCAUUAGCAUAAAAUGGUGCUUGGGAAGUGACAUGCCCAGAUACCCUCUUAAUGUACUUGGAGAGCAUUACAUUACAGUAUUGGGCUCCAGGGGAAUUGUCCCGUGAGCAUGCCCUGUGAUGCCAUACAUUGUGAAAGCUUCUGACACCUUGUGGGUAUAGUAAUAGAAGCUAGAGAUAUCUACAGGUUUCAUAUGGGCUGGCUUGACAUGUACACAUGUUAGAAGGCCCUAAAUCUACCACACAUUUUUGCCAAUUUCAAAUGAAUUCUGUAUGACACAAAGAAGUGCCACACUUAGGAUCCCAACCAUUAAAUUGGUGAGGUUUGUAUCAGCUUACUUAUUAGCUGUCUGAUCAGAAUUCAGAAUGCUGCACUCAUGGAGCAUUCAGUGCAGUUCAGGUAGUAAUUGUGAGUGUAUUGUCUGACUGACUUGUCUCCUGUGAAACCAGUAUUGCACUCUUUUGUGCCACACUGCUUAUGAAACAUACAACAGGGCACUCCUUUGCAACAAUGUGUUCUAUUGCACCAAUAAGUCACAGAUGUCUAACAAAUGACAAAUCCAGGCUUUUUGUGUUGAGGGUUACAACAGGUACACAGAAGUUUGAAGUCUUCUUUACAAUAUUUAAAGUAUUCUUUAAAAUACUGCUUGAAAACAUAAUUACUGGUUUAGUGAAAAGUUUCAAAACCAGAUAUAAUCGCAGUGUUUUAGAAAAUAAGCUUUUUCUUUUAUUUACACUUUUUAAAAAAAUGUAAGGUUUGUCCCAUUGCGUUUAUAACGAUCACUACUACAGCUUUGGCCAAAGGUUUUGUGUCACCCUAUUAGAAUGAGCUCAUUUUGCUUUAUAAAGUCGAAUAAAACCUGAAUAAUGUUAUGCUAACAUAUUGAAUUACAUGCCACUUUGUAGUUUUCCCAUAUACUUAAUGAAAAAUUGUCAAAAAAUGAAAAAGGUGAUAUAUUGAAAUGUCUAUUAUAGCUUCCGAUACACUUUUGCAAUAUAAUUUUUGUAGUUUCUUUGAUUACAUGAUGUUAAAUAAAAUGUCUAAGUUAUGUUCAUAUAGUUUUUUUUUUGUCUCAGUCUUGAAAUUCUAGGUGACGCAACACUUUGUCAGAGCUGUAGAUACUGAUUGUAUUUGCUGAUGCGUGCACACAGGGAGGUCCUGAAGAGUGGGGCAUCUGUUAGUGAUUUCUACUGUAUGUGUGCAGUACACUACUUCUCUAAGUACCAGUCAGAUAUCUUUAUGACUUUAUCCAGAGGUGAAAUUUACAAUACUUGUUGAAUAAAUUGCCUGUUUGCUGAAAGUUAUGAUUAAAUGCAUACUAUAAAUAUUUAACAAAAUAUUGAUAUACAGGUGGCAUGUUAGGGUAUCAUGUCUUAUUAAAUAUUUAUGUAUACAUAAUUACUAUAAAUGUGUGGGUUUUUAAUAAAACUAAGAACUUCUAAAUCUAACAUUAAUAAAGUCUUAAAAAUACCUUUGUUUUAUUUAAAUUUUUUUCUUAGUUUUUGUUAGAUUUGUUAAUAAUGUAAUAUUGAAUCCACUUCAGGCCAUGCUGCCAUGCCAAGUCAUCUUCUCCACUGUUAUCUAGCAUGCAUUACCAGAGUCCUGCAUGAUGCAGAAUUGGGACUUGUUUGGGAGCAAAGGUCUCUGAAGCCUCAUCUGAAAGUAGACCACCCUGUAUUGUUAGACAAAUAAUGAACCAAUUUCUCCUGUCAAAUGUUCUUAAUCCAGAGGUUCAUAAAUCACAAGGCUGUCUGUUGACUUUAUUAGAGAGGGCUGCUGAAGAUAGUCUGGGUUUUCUCAUGCACGUGGGGAUGAUUUGUGACCGCUGCUACAAUAACUCUCCUGUAGAUGCUAUUUGCAGUUUUCUUUCUUUGAAAAUGUAAAAAUGAAAUGAGCCUCUGUAAAAAUGUACUGUACUUUAAAUAAUAAUUUUUAAAAAAAUAACAACAUGCUUAUCUUUUGUACAUUAGUGUUAAAAUAAGGUAUUGGUUGCAAGGCAUAUUGUAUGUGUAAAUUGUACUUCUUUCUGCUUUAAAAUGUGGAUUUUUGCAGUAUGUGUUCCAGUCUGAAAAUAUCAUUGUUGCCUAUGCUGUUAUGAAUUGCUCAUGAUUGAAUUCUGUACUAAUUUGACUACACGUGUUACUACAGAAAAGUUGUAGUUAAAAACUCUGAUAACGUGAUUGUAGAGGUAUAAUAGGUAUGCUAAUGCUACUGUUUUUGUAGAUGAACCUGCUUUAUAUCGUGAUUGCCAUUCAAGCAUAAUUUGUGAUAUAAACCAGGUUUCAUGUUUGCCUAUCACUGCACAUUACGGGUGAGAGAAAAAAGAAAGCAAGCUAACAGUGUAAUACUGCACAUUUAGUCAUUCUUUACAUUUAAAUAUAUGCAUAUUUACUACAGGACAAAUACGUUUAAUAAACACAACCUAUAUAAUAUUGUGUUUAGGAGUCUUGGAGCACUGUAAGUAUCUAGGAAUGCAAUUUGAAUUGGCUGUUGUGUUUGCAUUCGUUCUGAUUGGUUCUGGGUUAUUUUGCUCUAGUACUGAGUUCUCCUCCUUUCUCUGAAUCUGCCUUUACUGGGCAGGCCUUGGUGCCAACAAGGAACAUACUUCUUCCUCAUUCCAUUCAAAGCAUGCUGCGGUGUGUCUUUUCAGCUCAGCCAGCCACAACUGCUUUCAUCUAUAUGGGGAGUAGGUGAGGGUGGCCGGGCUGACUGGUCACAUUGUCCCCAGAUUUGAGGAAGGGCUGCUCUGUCCUUGAACAGAAAAGAUCGCAGCCAGGCAAAGGCAGAUAAGUGAAAUAUUAGAGCAACAGAACCCAGAUCCAUUUACAAUGAUUACAGGCAAUAUAAAUAGGUGGAGGAAUCCAUACAAAAACAUUUUAGAAAUGUAUUGGACCAUUCACCCAAUCCUGUUUUGUUUUGGGGAAAGUUUCCAGUCAGUCCUGUAGUUUUGUUAAGUACAGUAUAUGGUUUAACAGAUAUGUCACAGUUCUUAACCCUGCAAUUGUACACUGCCAUUUUAUGGGAAAGCUACUGAGCAAGACUUAGGCAGAGGAUAUCCAGUAAAAUAUUAUAAACCUUCAAAGUGAUGGAACGUGAAUGAGUUCUGAAAGCAGAAAGUACUUAAUGUAUUGUUUACCUGCAUCACAGUUCUGCCAUGCUCAGGUUUUACCCUAACAGUAAAUACAGUGUUGUUCAAUUAUCACAACUGGACAUUAUUUUUUUUUUUAAAUAUGUGGACAUGGAAUAUUUUAAAUAAAGCAAGUAAUUUAACAACAUAAUGAUCUGCGUUUUUUGUGUCAGGUAGAAACCAAAUAAACACAACAACCCAGCUGAAAAAAAGGGACAAAUCUGGGGAGGAUUGUGAGGUUUCAUACAACAGAUUACAAAGAUCGCCACCUCACUUCUGCCCAAAAUGGCACAAAAUUACUUUUUACCAAUCCAAACACAAACAUGCAGCACAACAACUUUCCAGCAGAUGUUAGUGUUCCACAGAUAUUCAUUCGUUGCAUUGUGUUGUUGUCCACUAAGGGGCAGUGCACUACCUUACUUUGUGUUGAAUGCAUUAUCUUAUCAAUUGGAUAAUAUUUUUUUUCAAAAUAUUACUUGUCUUAUUUAUCUGAUCUUCAGACAAGUCCAUCACCAUAUAUAAAUUCAGAAUACACAAAUAAUGCUUGUGUUAAUUGAGGAUGUGUUUUUGUUUCUGCAGCACUGUAUGUUUGAUUUGGUGUACUGCCUGCUCUGCCUGUAAAUGACAAGCUGCUUUACGAAAGUGUGGCGUGGGUGCACCCUGCCCCUGUGCUUAUUUUGGAUUUGUUGUAAUCUGAUUUAAACGUAUUGUUUAAUGUUUAAAAACACAAUGUUUGUUGUUAUUGUUUUACUGCAUGGACACGGUUAAAUCCCCCAUCCAGCUAAAACUUGUGUAUAGCCUGGACAUCGCUCAAU